AUGCUGUCGUUGAUCAAUCGCAUCCUGGAUUGGUUUCGAAGCCUCUUCUGGAAAGAAGAGAUGGAGCUGACACUUGUUGGCCUUCAGUACUCAGGCAAAACCACAUUCGUGAACGUCAUUGCCUCUGGGCAAUUCAGUGAAGACAUGAUCCCAACAGUUGGAUUCAACAUGAGGAAGGUGACCAAGGGAAAUGUGACAAUCAAGGUGUGGGACAUCGGUGGACAGCCACGAUUCAGAUCCAUGUGGGAGAGGUAUUGCCGAGGAGUCAAUGCCAUUGUGUACAUGGUGGAUGCAGCUGACCAUGAUAAGAUUGAGGCUUCCCGGAAUGAACUACACAAUCUCUUAGAUAAACCUCAGCUUGCUGGUAUUCCAGUUUUGGUCCUUGGCAAUAAAAGGGAUCUCCCCAAUGCCCUUGAUGAAAAGGGUCUCAUUGAGAGGAUGAAUUUGUCAGCUAUUCAAGAUCGGGAAAUUUGUUGUUACUCUGUAUCAUGCAAGGAGAAGGACAAUAUCGACAUCACACUGCAGUGGCUCAUUGCCCACUCAAAGUCAGGAAGUCGCUGAAGCACCAAAGCUGGACAUGAAUGGCGUUGUGAUAUUAUGUUCCAUGCAUGGGGGACAAGUUAUCAUUCCAUGCAUGUCUUGGGUGUCAGUUUCCCCCUGUCUCCUGUUACUGCACUUCCAUCAAAAUGGAGUGUAGGACCAGUCAACAGUCAAUAACUCAUAUGUCCUGCAAUAUAUUUGCAAAAGUUCAUCUCCUAUUCUAUAUCUGUCUGUGCACUUGUUGCAUUAUCAUCAUACCUUCUGAUGGUCAAUUUCUCUUGAAUCUUGUUUUAAACAUAUUUGUUUCUGUGAAUGUUUGAUGUUUUGUCAUUUGCUGAAUUGCAUUUUAACCAUCAUGGU